AAGCAAGUUAUUGUACUGUUAACUCGUUUUUCUACGAAAACAAAGUAUGAAACUAGUUUCAAACUAGUGUGAAAACAAAGUACUCAGCUUGUUUGUUUGUUGUUCUCAUUAACUGUACUCGACUAUCAGGGAUAUCGAAACAUGGUUUUUAGCAUUAUAUUAUAUUUAUAACCUUUCACUUCAGUCUUAUCGCUGAUCUCCUGGGCCUGUGAGGAAGUUUUCAAGAGUACUUGAUGCAUGGAAUAAUCUUCCAAUUGAAGCAGUUUCUGUGAACAUUGUAGAUGCAUUUAAAUGUCACCUUCAAAGACAUUAAAGACACAGAGAGGAAGCUUAUAUUAGCCAGUGCACAGCUGCUUCCUGCUGCUUCACCCUCCACCCCCUCCUCGACAAGUGAGAAAAGUGGAGGACACAAGGCAAAGAAUCAACAUGAAUAUCACUCCAACAGAAUCAAAGAAUUCGUUUGUAGUAAAGAGUCAAGAAGAAAUUCCUAUAAAGCUGGAAACAGGCUCAGCUCCAAGCAGCAAUGUGAAGAUUGCAGGACUUAAGACAAUGGAAAUUAAUGAUGGAAAAGCUGGUAUGGAUGGAUUAGACAAGGAAUACAUAAAUCAAGUUAUAUUCAAUGCUUCCAAAGGAACAUCCUUCUUUGACCAUCAACAGAAGCGACAACAAAGAAUUGACCAGAAAAUACAAGAAAUGAUGACUAUGUGUUCACAGCUGACUGAAGCCCAGAAGAAAACUGCUGAAGAGAAGAUGGAUAUGUUUACUCUAGUGCUUGAGAAGGAAAGGGAUCUCUCACGUACUAUUGUCCAUAUUGAUAUGGAUGCUUUUUAUGCAGCAGUGGAAAUGAGAGAUGAUCCUAGUUUGAAAGAAAUACCUAUGGCUGUUGGAUCUUUGUCAAUGCUGUCAACUUCUAAUUAUCAUGCAAGAAAGUUUGGAGUUCGAGCUGCAAUGCCAGGGUUUAUUGCCAAGAAACUGUGUCCAAAUUUAAUUAUUGUGCCUUGUAAUUUUAAGAAGUACACUGAGGUAAGCAAGCAGGUUCGAGAAAUCAUGAGAGACUAUGACCCUGACUUCCUUCCCAUGAGUCUAGAUGAAGCUUAUCUGGAUAUAACAGACUUUCUUCAACAAAGAAAGCAGCAACUUGUGAAACAGAAUCUAGCUGAUGAUAAAAUUGAGGACUCAACUACUGAAGUUUUAAAAUAUGGACAUCUUGAAUUAGAUACAAAUAGCAUAGUAGAAAUGGUUGUGAAAGAACUUAGACAUAGGAUUUUUCAAAAGACUCAACUGACUGCAAGUGCUGGUAUUGCACCAAACAUGAUGCUUGCAAAGGUGUGUUCUGACAAGAAUAAACCAAAUGGACAGUUUUGCCUCCAAUCUACCAAAGAAGCUGUAAAGGAUUUUAUAACUACUUUACCAGUGAAAAAAGUACCUGGAAUUGGUCCAGUUCAAGAACAGUUGCUUCGAGCUCUAGGAAUAACAACUUGUUGGGAUCUUUGGAAACAAAGGGCAGUUGUUUCUCUUCUUUUCUCUCCAAACUCAGCAAAUUUCUACAUGAGAGUUGCCAUGGGACUAGGCUGUACUGAAGUUAAAAAUGACUCAACCAGAAAAAGUAAGAGUGUUGAAGAAACAUUUGGUGAAAUUUGUGAGCCGAAGAAACUUUACAAUAAGUGUGAAGAACUGUGCAGAGAACUAGCUGAAGAUCUCCAGUCAGAGGGCAUGACGGUACUGAAUAUCUUGAUGUUGCCUGAAAGCAAUUUAUUUCGGACAGGAAAAGUUGUUGGAUUGAAGAUAAAAACAGUAAAGUUUGACCUCCGUACAAGAAGUAUGUCUCUUCAGUAUCCUACGUCAGACUGGAGAAACAUUUUUCGUGUUGCUAAACAGCUACUUUCAGCAGAAAUAACUCUAGCUUAUCCAGAACCACUUAAGCUGCGUCUUAUGGGUGUGAGGAUUGCUAACCUAAUACAUGAGGUUCCAGGAGAGAGCCAGCAAGGCCUUAUGACUGACUUUUUUUACCAGAAGAAUCAAGAAAAACACAACAUCCAAAAUAAUAAAAAACAGGAAUCUGAGUUUUCUACUGAAAUACAACCUCAGUUAUCUCUUUCCAACUUGAAUUUGCCAGUGUCUUUACAAUUCGAUGAUCAUCAAUCUAUCCAGAACAAUAGGAAUGUUAGUUUCUGCUGUCCAGUUUGUCACCAGCCCUCACAAGACCUUUACGAAUUAAAUGGUCACUUGGAUGAAUGUCUAACUCUGCAGUCCUCACCUCUGAUGAAUGUACAUGUAGGAUCUAAAGGUAUAGUUGACAAAACAGAAUUUUCUGACUGUGUUCGUGCAAAAACUGAUAAAAAACUGCACACUUGGAGUUCAACUAGUUUAGAAACGUUUGAUGAAAAUUGCAGUACAUAUUCUUCUAACAAUCUUGAAACUCCGAAAAACAAGACAACCUAUUCAGAUAAUGCUGAUACUUUACUGAAUAAGUCUGUGCCUUCUGAAUCUUCAAAAAAAUUAAAUAUGGUUGUAACAAAUAGAACAUCAUUUUCAAAACAUCUUGUUAAAUCAGAGCUAUAUAGAAAAGAACCUUUUCAAAACACAACCAAUGUAGUAGUUAGUCCUGCAGUAAGUAAAGGCAUGGAAUAUGUGAGAAGUAUGGACACACCAAAUACAGGGAGACCUAAUACAGAAUCUGUAAAUAAAAUUGAGGCUUUUAUACCAUGGUCAAAAACUGCGAAAAAUUCAGCUGUCUUGUCUGAUAAAAUUGAAUGUUGUGAGUCUUUAAAAAACAAAACCUAUGAGAUGGAAAGUUUUAAUAAGUUGAGAAUGACCCCAAAUCAACCUUCAGUUUCAAUGGCUUCCAACAGUCUUCAUAAUGAAGAAUUUCCUACAAGUAAUUCUGUGUGUCAAGAGUUUGGAUGUGUGACAGAAAGUUUGAGUUGUCCUGUCUGUGACAUCCAGUUUAAAUCUCAAUCACUUGUAUUGUUGAAUGAACAUAUAGAUAACUGCUUGAACAAAGUUGCAAUUAAAGAGAUCCUGUCAUCUGACUCUUCUGAUUAUGGCAAGUUUGUCAAAAGGAAAACUAGCAGGUCAUAUGAAAAACCCUCUAGAAAAAAGAUUAAAACACAAGAUAUUGCACUUAGACACAUAGAUGAAUAUUUCUGUAAAAAGCCACAGAAAAUCAAGGAAAGUCACUGUGAAUGAUUCUGUGGUGUUUAGAACCAAAAACACAAUAGUUACUCCACUGAAAAAUAAAGAUAAUAUCAUAAUGUAAGUUAUUGUGUUAAGCAUUUCCGUUUUAUGUUUCACACCUUCUUGUGAUGUUAUGGCUUUGUAAGAUGAUUUUUAGAUUUCAAAAGAAAGUUAGUUAUUCAAAGCAGCAAUUAGUAACAUCUCUUUGUGUUGGGUAAAGGAGGAAUAUGAACAGUAUGUGUACCCAACUUGAUCAUCAAUAAGACAGCACUUUUCCCUCUUUCUCAGCAACUUCUAAGUUAGUGUAAACGAACUCACUUUUCUAUCCAUUUCUUAAGGCUAAGAAAGAGUAAAGACAUACAGAGGGAGUAUGAUCAGUGGUGAAAACACAUGUACCUUUUAUACUCUAUCAUUCACUUCUGAGGAAGCCAGAAAUGGCUUGUGAGUUCUUCAAGUGCUGUAGGUUAGAAAAUGACAUCUGUUACAUAUUAAAUUUCCCCAGAGUAUAUGCCUGUACAUGUAUGUGUAUAGAGUGUGUACAGUGCAUUUUGUGUAUAUGUAAGUACAAGUGUUGUAUAAAUAUAAUAGCCCAUUGAAAUGAAUAUCUUGAAUUGGUGUAGUAAUGUCUUGUAUAUGCCUGUACAUGUAUGUGUAUAGAGGGUGUACAGUACAUUUUGUGUAUAUGUAAGUACAAGUGUUGUAUAAAUAUAAUAGCCCAUUGAAAUAAAUAUCUUGAAUUGGUGUAGUAAUAUCUUGUAUAUGCCUGUACAUGUAUUUAUAUAGAGGGUGUACAGUGCAUUUUGUGUAUAUGUAAGUACAAGUGUUGUAUAAAUAUAAUAGCCCAUUGAGAUGAAUGUCUUGAAUUGAUGUAGUAAUGUUUUGUAAUUGUUGAUAUUGUGCUGCUAUUUAUUUGACAUGCAAUGUAAAAUCAGAAAAAGUUGCUUAUAAUUAAAUGAAAUUUAGAGGUAAUUUUAGGAACUAAUCUGGAACUUGCUUUUUUAACAGAUUAUUCUUUUGUGGGAGGUUUAUGUUUUCAUUGACCUCACCUAACUUUAGUUAAAAACUGUUUAUUUGUGUCUAUUAUCAGUAGAAUUAUAUUAAUAAAUAUCUGUUCAGAUAUGUA